UUCAAACAUGUCUUUACAUCUCCGAGUUCAGUGGACAAGAAGCCCAAGGCUAUGCACUCCAGCAAUGCUUCCCUUUAUGGUAUGAAAUCUGUGACUCGAGGAUCCCUGGCAUAUAUUGCUACACAAGCAUGUAAAUUUGAUUGUACAUGCUCGUCAUCUGUAUUUUCACGCACAGACACAGUCACCAACUCUGAACAUUUCUACCAUAGCAUUCUUGACUUGCUGGAGGAUCCUGAUGAGAGUGAGGAGGUGGCUGACCUCAUGAUGUGGUGGACACGUCGCAUUUUUCCUAAUUCUUCUUCUUCACAGCACCCUAUCAGCAAAGACAGUGCACUGUCGAAGAUUUGGGAAAAAUGUGCUGCCUUGCAAGAACUAGCUGCUGCUGAUGUUAAUUAA